AUGCAACGGACAAUAGAAACCGAGAAUGAUGACAACAUUGAACUUUCUGAAACUGAAGAAAAUGAUACUAGGCAAGAAGAAACAACAAAAAACAAGUGGGAGAUAAUAUCUAGGCUUCAUCAUGGCCAAUUAAUGCAAACUUUAGAGUUUGAAAUGCUCAGCAGGAGGUACUUAGAUAAAGAGACAAAUUGGUCCACUGAUUAUGAAGGUGAAGAAUAUACGGACAAGGCCAUGAAUUUCAUUGCCACCAUCAAAAAUAUUGGUUCUCCCAUCCAUGAUGAUAUACCACAGAUUGUCAACUAUCACAACCUCAGCAAUCAACAAGAACAAGCACUCAAUAUUAUCAUUUCGCACUACCUCAUUUAUGGAACAAAGCCUCCUUUAUUCAUGAUAAUUCAAGGUAUGGCUGGAACAGGAAAAUCAAAUUUAAUAGGCACUAUAAAUGAAGCACUAAAAAAUGCUUCCAUGCCAAAUCGAUCUCCUCUACUUGUGCUUGUACCAACCGGAGUUGCUGCCUUCAAUAUAGGAGCAUCGACCAUUCAUUCAAGACUAAGAAUACCCAUAAGAGAUUUUAUAGAUCUUCAGGGAACAAGACUAACUACCUUCCAAGAGGAGAUGGCACAUGUCACAUAUAUCUUGAUCGAUGAAAUGAGUUUAAUUGGCGAAAGGUUAUUGGAGAACAUAGAUGCACGUCUACGCCAAGCUUUUCCUUCAAAUGCUAAUGAAAAUUUCACAGGUGAUCUUGGACAAUUGCCUCCGGUCAACGAUAGGCCGCCAUAUAAUAGCAGAAGACAGGCAAAAAUUUUGUGGGAACAAUUUACAACUAUUAUUACUUUGGAUCAUAUCUAUCAACAAGAAGGCCAAGGCAAUGACCAAGAACGGUUUCGACAACUGUUAAUGAACAUAAGAGAUGCAAAACCAGCAUUGGAUGAUUGGAUAUUACUAAUGACAAGGUCUUCUAUGACAAUUGAUACAACAACCAACCAAGAAUUUGAUAGCUGUGUGCAUUUAUUUUCAACAAACGACAAUGUUCACAACCACAACAAGAAAAAAUUACAAUCAUUAAAAAAUCCAAUUGCGCAUAGCAUUGCAUCAAAAGUACGAAAUGUUAGUGCUAACGAAAGUGGAAUGGAUGAUGAACUUGAUGUAGAAUUAUUAUUAUUAUCCAAAAAUGCCAGAGUAAUGUUGACAUCAAAUCUAUGGAUAAAAGCAGGACUUGUCAACGAAGCUUUAGGAAAUAUUAGAAAAAUUGUUUAUAAACUAGGAAGUGCACCACCUCAACCACCAGCAUACUUGUUAGUUGAAUUUGACAAUUACUCUGGACUACCAUUCGAUGAUCAUCAUACAUCCUCAAUUCCAGUUCCAGCAAUUGAAAGAGGUGGUUCUUCUCAAAUACCAUUGCGCUUGGCAUGGGCACUAACGAUACACAAAUCUCAAGGGCUCACUCUUCAAAAGGCUACCAUUGAUAUAGGACCAACUGAAAGAACCGGUCUCAUGUUCGUGGCAAUCUCUCGCAUGAAAAGCUUACAGGGCCUACGGAUCAUGUCACCAUUCAGCUAUGAUAGGUAUGAGAAAUUAAACAAAGGCAAACAAGUCGUCGGCAGGAAAAGAGAAGAAGAAAGGCUUCAAUCCAUCUAG